AUGGCAACCGCAACAGAAGGCAUCGCUGAUUCACCCAUCCCAGUAGGAGUGCUUUUAACGUACUGCUGGCUAGUGGUUUGGGGCUACCUUCUCGUUCAAGGUCUCCAAAGACAACGAUCGUUCCAAGACUUCUUUUGGGCUGGCAUCGCUUUGAUGGCGAGCCUGAAUAUGGGAUACUUUGUGAAUGGAGUCCCUGAGGCAAUUGCCAACUUUGUUGGUAUUUAUGACACUCUCAUUAACCUUGGAAUCGGCAGUCUUCCAGAAAAUGAAAUACCAGCCAACUUGAUUCCAUGUCACAACAACUCUUGUACCGUUUGGGGUGACCGAUAUGUCCAACAUGCUGCUUGGGCGUCUGCCUUUUAUGAACGCUUUGCCUACGGUCCCAAGCUGCGAUCGUAUAUCUUGCUAGUUCACAUUGCGUGCAAUUCCAUCGCGUUGGUCUUGACACAAAUCCUACUGAUCCAGACGCCCUACAACCCGCAGAAAAAAGCCCAGCACAAGUUGCUAGGGUACAUCACUUUCAUUUGUGAAACAAUUGGCUUGGGCUGUGCAUGUUGGUUGGCUUCCGAACAUGGUGAAAUAGACGAAUAUGGUGGCAAAUGGGCCAAGUACGGCUUUUAUUCCAUGGCAGCUUGUGUCUAUGGAUGUCUUCUCCGUGGCAUCGUGACCAUCCGAGCUGGCGACCGUGUAGCUCAUCGGAUGUGGAUGUUCAGGUUUGCCGGAUCCAUGUGGGGAUCCUUUUGGCUUUUCCGGGUUGUCUUGUUCGUCAUUGAUCCAUUGCUACGCAGUUACAAGGCAGCAGCUAUUCUAAUUGUCAUUUGGGUUUCGGCACCUGCUGGAGUUAUGCUUGGUGACCUGGCACGUUGGUGGGUUGACAAAGAGACGAAAACCAAGGGUGGAUCUAAAAUAGAAUAG